GUGCGUGACCCCAUGACCAACAUUAUUACAAAAUAACAGUUAGUGAGAGAAAGUAGAGCGAGAAAGAAGAUAGACAUAUAGAUAUAGAGAGAGUGUGUGUUUGAUUCUCGUUUCAUUUAUAAGUCACAGUUUUCUUGUUACUUCCUCUCUCUAUCUCUCUCUACAUUUCGCUCGAAUUUCAUGUGAUUACCGUUUUCCGAUCAGGUCUCCGACUAACCUCGCCGGAAAAAAACUCAUCGUUUUCCGGUAAUCUACGACCGCCGUGUAGCCGGAAUUUGGCACUAAUCGUCGCCGGAAAAGGUCGGGUGUUGAAAACUAGGGUAUCGUGAUCGAGAUUCAAUAUGAGCACCGUACAUAAUAGCGUGGAGACCAUAAACGCCGCAGCGACUGCGAUAGUGACUGCUGAGAGUCGUGUACAGCCAACCACAGCUCAGAAGAGAAGAUGGGGAAGCUUCUGGAGUCUAUACUGGUGUUUUGGGUCUUGCAAACACAGCAAACAAAUUAGUCACGCUGAACUCGUUCCUGAACCAACAGUGCCUGGAGCUGCAGCCCCUCCUGUCCCUGAUAAUCUGAAUCACUCAACCACCAUAGUACUACCCUUCAUUGCUCCUCCCUCUUCUCCUGCAUCUUUUCUGCAAUCAGAUCCUCCCUCCACCACACAAUCACCAGCUGGAUUACUCUCCCUUACUUCGCUCUCUGUUAAAGCCUGCUCCCCUGGUGGACCUGCCUCCAUUUUUGCCAUUGGCCCUUACGCGUACGAGACCCAGCUAGUUUCACCCCCUGUAUUUUCUACCUUAACUACUGAACCAUCCACUGCUUCUUUCACUCCCCCACCUGAACCUGUGCAACUGACAACACCUUCAUCACCAGAUGUACCGUUUGCUCAACUUUUGACAUCAUCGUUGGCCCGCACUCGAAGGAACAGUGGGACCAAUCAGAAGUUCUCAUUAUCCCAAUAUGAGUUCCAGCCUUAUCAGCUAUACCCAGAAAGCCCAGUUAGCCACCUCAUAUCACCAGGCUCAGCAAUUUCAAAUUCAGGCACCUCUUCUCCUUUUGCUGAUAAACGCCCUAUUAUUGAACUUCGCAUGGGGGAAGCUCCCAAGAUUUUUGGCUAUGAACAUUUUUACGUUCGUAAGUGGGGUUCGAGGCUAGGUUCUGGAUCUUUGACUCCAAAUGGUGGAGAACCUGCCUCACGAGACAGUUUACUUUUGGAUAGCCAAAUAUCUGAGGUAGCAUCACUCGCCAACUCAGAGAAUGGAUCUCAAAAUGGUGAAAUUGUAAUUGAUCACAGAGUCUCAUUUGAGUUGACCAGUGAUAAUGUUCCAACUUGUAUGGAAAAGGAUCGCCUCUCUUCACUUGAAACUGUAUCAGAAUCUCUACAUGAUAUAGCAUCUGAAAAAACUACCAAAAGAGAAGAGAAUGCAAAGACCACAGAGAAUUGUAGUGAAUGCCGUGUUGGGGAAGCUUUGGAUGAAAUACAAAGGAAAGCUUCAGGAGACGUGGAGGAAGAGCUGUGCCAUCGAAAACACCGUUCCAUCACAUUGGGGUCUAUUAAUGAGUUCAACUUCGACAACACUAAGGGAGAAAUCUUAGACAAGGCCCCCAUUAGCUCCGAGUGGUCUUUCCACCCAAUACUGCAGCCAGGGCUCAGCUGAGACCAAGUACAGGCAACAUAGCUUCCGUCACCUCAAUGGGGCUGCAAACUCUCUCUGCAGAAACUUAAACAAAUCAUGAAUCAGAUGUAAACUACAAGUAAUGCAAUUUUGGAGAGAGAGAUUCGCGAGCCUGGAAUUGAAUAUAUAUGAAUGGAUGGCACUGCUUAGCCUGAAAAGUGCAGGUAUUUGUAUAUCUGUCACAUUGCAGAGGGGAUCAUUUAUGUGAGUCCCUUUUUAGGUUUGUUUUCAAUGUUUCUUCUCCUGAUGUAUACAGUAAAAUGGAUUCACAAACAGUUCUAUUGUGAAUUCAUCAUUUCCGUGUGAAUAAGGACAAAGUUGAUAUUUUUUGGGGGGUGCAAGGACGGAAAAAAAAAAAAAAAAAAUUUGCACCAUUUUUCCGCGUUAGGGAUUAAGCAAUCUGUUGUCGAUACAGAACUCUGUCCAAGUGCUGUUGGAGCAAAAUGGUUGUCGUUGUCGUUGUCGUUGUUGUUGUUGUUGUUGCUGCUUUGUAAUAUUACAUUUUCCAUUAAGAGGAUCAGUCUGGUUGUAAAUAAAAACUUAUAUUCCAACUUCUCUGUCCUUUUUCUCUAA